GCUAGAUGUCGCGUCUUUUUCAAGUCGGCUUUGCGUCUUGAAUAGAAUUUUUACAUUUUCGCGAAUUUUCUGCAAAAUUACCACGCGAAACUCAGUAAAGCCGGCGAUGGUAAUCCUUAUUAAAAGCCCCGCGGGAGAGAACGCGACUGAAUGGGCUAUAAUCGAGCUACAAGGCGACUUGAAAUCGCAUUCCGAGUCCUCGUUCGAGGGACAAUUUGUCGGCGACUUGCAUUUUACGAAAAGUGGCACACCCCUGCUCAUAAUAGGCCACCACCUGCUCUACGGCAAAGAGACGAGAAUGGAAAAACCGCUGGCGCUGCUGGAAAAGAAAAAGAACGACGCGGGAAUUGAAUACGUCAUCAAAUGCAUCGUUCGGAAGAAAAUCAUAUUCAAAACGCGGCCCAAACCCAUCGUCGGCGCUACUACCUAACUAAAGCCUAACCGUAUUCUCUUGAAAAUAAAUAAUUUUUUUAUUAGA